AAGAAAAGAAUAUCCUGAGGGGGGUGAAAAUGAAAUAUCUGUUUAUCAGUUCCUCCACAGAAACCAAAACCUCUCUAAAACCUCCAUUGAUUAUCCUCUGCAAGCUCUCUCUUGCUUCCAUUCAUCUUCUUCCUCGUUCGCAUUUCAUCCCAAACCUCUCCAAUGGCCGACAGCUUCUUCUGAUUCCGCCCAAACCCAGUACCCAAAUUCAAUAAAGACUUCAUCUUCUUUGUCUUCUUCAAUGUCAUCACUAUGCCCAAUCCCAGAACUAUCCACCCCCUUCCUCUCCAAAACCGAACCUUCUUCCUCCUCGAAGCUCUACCGGAAGCUGUUAUUGCCUCGGAGAGUCCCUUCCUUCUGCUACAAUCCCAGCCGCCCGCUGAAGCUCACUAAUGCCCUUUACACGGAGAACGUCUCCCUGCCUAAGCCACCUCCAAGGACCGCCUCCGAGCAAGAGCGGGACUCGAUAUCGCUCCUUAACGAACGUAUCCGCCGUGACUACUCCAAGCGCGAUGCGUUGUCGAUCCGCCCGGUCAUGGACUCGGACGAGGCCGGGCGGUACAUUCAGCUCGUCAAGGAGCAGCAGCAGAGGGGGCUGCAGAAGCUCAAGGGGGACAGAGCUAAGGAUGGGAAGGGAGGGGAGAAAGGGUUCAGCUAUAAGGUGGAUCCCUACAAUUUGCGGUCGGGGGACUACGUGGUGCACAAGAAGGUCGGGAUUGGGAGGUUUGUUGGAAUUAAGUUUGACGUCCCGAAGGGGUCGAAUGAGCCGAUUGAGUACGUGUUCAUUGAGUAUGCCGAUGGGAUGGCGAAGUUGCCCGUUAAGCAGGCUGCUCGGAUGCUCUACCGAUACAAUCUACCAAAUGAAACAAAAAGGCCUCGGACAUUGAGCAAGUUGAAUGAUACCACCGUGUGGGAGAGGAGAAAGACAAAGGGCAAGGUUGCGAUUCAGAAGAUGGUUGUUGACUUGAUGGAGUUAUAUCUGCAUAGGUUGAAACAGAGAAGACCCCCAUACCCGAAAGCCCCUGCCAUGGCUGAAUUUGUAGCUCAAUUCCCUUAUAAGCCCACCCCUGAUCAAAAGCAGGCCUUUAUUGAUGUUGAGAAGGAUCUGACUGAGAGAGAAACUCCUAUGGACAGGUUAAUAUGUGGAGAUGUUGGAUUUGGUAAAACUGAAGUGGCUCUCCGUGCAAUUUUUUGUGUAGUUUCAGCUGGAAAACAAGCUAUGGUUCUCGCCCCAACAAUCGUUCUAGCAAAGCAGCAUUUUGAUGUGAUAUCAGAGCGGUUUUCUCCAUACCCCGAUAUUCGGCUUGGACUCCUGAGCAGGUUUCAGACUAGAUCGGAGAAAGAGGAGUACCUCGACAUGAUAAAAAACGGGCAUCUUGAUAUCAUUGUUGGAACUCACUCCCUUCUUGGAAGUCGUGUGGUUUAUAAUAAUCUAGGCCUUCUUGUUGUAGACGAGGAGCAGCGAUUUGGUGUCAAACAGAAGGAGAAAAUUGCUUCAUUCAAAACUUCGGUUGAUGUGCUCACUCUGUCCGCCACACCAAUUCCACGAACCCUGUAUUUAGCGCUCACUGGGUUUCGUGAUGCUAGUCUGAUCUCCACCCCACCUCCAGAGAGAGUUCCUAUAAGAACUCAUCUUUCAGCCUAUAGCAAAGAGAAAGUCAUAUCUGCAAUCAAGUAUGAGCUGGACCGGGAUGGCCAAGUUUUUUAUGUUCUGCCCCGAAUUAAAGGGCUUGAAGAAGUGAUGGAGUUUCUUGAGCAGUCAUUCCCAGAUACCGAAAUAGCAAUAGCACAUGGGAAGCAAUACUCAAAGCAGCUCGAGGACACCAUGGAGAAAUUCGCACAGGGUGAGAUCAGGAUCCUUAUUUGCACAAACAUUGUGGAGAGCGGCCUUGACAUUCAGAAUGCAAACACCAUCAUCAUUCAGGAUGUUCAACAGUUUGGCCUUGCACAAUUAUAUCAGCUGCGCGGAAGGGUAGGACGUGCAGAUAAGGAGGCUCAUGCAUACUUAUUUUACCCUGACAAGUCUCUUCUAUCCGAUCAAGCACUGGAGAGGCUAGCUGCUCUAGAAGAAUGCUGUGAACUUGGGCAAGGCUUCCAACUUGCAGAGAGAGAUAUGGGCAUAAGAGGCUUUGGAACCAUAUUUGGUGAACAACAGACUGGGGAUGUUGGAAAUGUUGGAAUUGACCUCUUCUUUGAGAUGCUAUUUGAGAGCUUGUCGAAGGUUGAUGAACAUCGGGUGGUUCCAGUGCCCUACCAAGAUGUGCAGAUUGAUGUGAACAUAAACACUCAUCUUCCUUCCGACUACAUAAAUUACCUGGAGAACCCCAUGGAAAUAAUCGGCGAAGCUGAGGAAGCUGCAAAAAGGGAUAUGUGGAGUUUGAUGCAGUUCGCUGAGAAUUUGCGCCGACAGUAUGGGAAAGAGCCUUAUUCAAUGGAGAUUCUUCUGAAGAAGCUUUAUGUGAGGAGGAUGGCAGCAGAUCUUGGGAUUUCACGAAUCUAUGCUUCGGGAAAGAUGGUUGUCAUGAACACAAACAUGAGUAAGCAGGUUUACAAGCUGAUAACAGAGUCAAUGGCUUCUGAUAUUCACAGGAAUGCAUUAAUAUACGAGGGAGACCAAAUUAAGGCCGAACUACUCCUGGAGCUUCCUCGAGAGCAACUGAUAAACUGGAUCUUCCAGUGCCUCUCAGAGCUUUAUGCCUCAUUACCGGCGCUUAUAAAAUACUAGUAGAUAUAUUCGCGAGCAUCCCUGACCAUUCCUUGCCCCAAACUGAUUCUCGGGGCUCCAUUGAUAUGGCGAACUAUAUCCAUUCCAUGAUGAAGUGUGCAGUCCUCAUAGCAAAUCGGCAUGAUUUCUCGAGGGGAUCCGCUGCUGCAAGAUCUGAGAUAGUCCCACAAGGAUUACAUUGAGGAUGUUGAGAUCAAGAAGACGACUUCUAAUGAGAAGUUUUCUGUACUGGCAGUCUUUCAGCAACUUGGAGAGGAAGGAAUCGUGAUCUGAGGCUUGUGACCACUUUGCCAUUACCGGGACAUGGAUGUUUGGAGAGGUCACUUGGUCCGAUCAUUGCACUUUUCGCAGCAAACCUCAAAGGAUCAUCUACAAUAUCAAAAACUUCAAGGGGAAUGAGGAUUUUGGGACCGUGAUUUCAGCUAGGAGGGAAUACUUGUAAAGAUCCUACAUGGAAAAUAGAAUACCAAUCAGUCGAGUGUUAGUAUUACCAAUGCCGUCAACUGCGAUCUCGAAUCUUGCAGCAGUUGAACAUCUGCUAGAUUAUCUUCGUAUGAAUCUAAGCAAUGGAAGUAAUGAUUAUACUGAGUUCAGUUCUGGUCCAAGAGGGCCUUCGCAAAUUUGCA